CGGAACGGACCUUUGCCGAGGUCUCAGGGUAGGCGACCUUGGUUUGGUCUGAUCACAGGCCGGAAAUCGUGAAUGUCCGACCGAGCAGCCCACAAGUAUUUAGGCUUUGAUGUUGAACAAUCGGGCAUAGACCAGACUCACAUGAAACUCUGAUGGACUUAGACCUUUUUGACUGUUUUACUGUAUAAAUGCAAAUCACUUGCAAGACAUCUUAAAAAACAAAAACAAAAAGCUUGACAUAGCUAUAUCUUUUCUAACAAAAAUAGCCUAGAUCGUCGUGUAAAAUACGACAACCUCAAGCUAGUACGGAAUCAUUCGAGCACAGCAGUUCAAUCGUAUUUUCUGAACAAGAUAAUCAAUUCACCAUGGCUUCCGCUACGACAAUCUACGACUUCAAGCCCCUCAACAUGUGCUUGCGCGGAAAUGCUCGAGCUCAAAUGACGGUCAUCGCCAGUGGUGGUGCUCUGGGAAGCCGCAACAACCACUUGCCGGCGUCGCCAAGGCCUUCGGGCGGCGGCCGUGCCGCUCCCUCGUUGCGCCGGCCACAUUCCACAUUCGUCACGUGGCGCGAGUCGCAGCUAACACCAACACCGGAUGCAGAGAAGGGCGAAGAGACCCCGCUGUCCGACUACAAGGGCAAGGUUGUGCUGGUGGUCAACACGGCGUCCAAGUGCGGCUUCACGCCGCAGUACGCCGGCCUCGAGGCCCUGUACAAGAAGAUCACCGAGAAGUACCCCGAGGACUUUACCAUCCUCGGCUUCCCCUGCAACCAGUUCGGCGGCCAGGAGCCCGGCACCGACGACGAUAUUCAGAACUUUUGCCAGGUCAACUACGGUGUCACCUUCCCCAUCAUGAAGAAGGUCGACGUCAACGGCGACAACGCCGACCCGCUCUUCAAGUGGCUCAAGGAGGAGAUGCCCGGCAUCAUGGGCCUCAAGCGCGUCAAGUGGAACUUUGAGAAGUUCCUGAUCGGCAGGGACGGCAAGGUCAAGGGCCGUUGGGCGAGCACUACCAAGCCAGAGUCCCUCGAGAAGGAUAUUCUCAAGGAGAUUGAGGCUCCCAAGCCGUCCAUCUGA